AUGGGAUUAGGGACAACAAUUGCUAAUAAGUUAUUAAGAAAAGCUGAAAAAAAGGUUAAGGAACAUCACUCGAAUUCGAAGAGUAACUACCAAGGGAACGUAAACCAUGGACAAGUCAAGGAUAGAAAUGCCGAAUUACCGCCAUUGAAGGUUCAAAUCUAUACCCAUAAUAUCAGACAGGAGAAUAAUAACAUGAUGAAGGGUGAAGAACCUUGGUCAAAGAGAAAAGUCGGUGUAAUUGGGCUUAUAAAUAAGCAUUCACAGUCAAUUCCUACCUUGGUUGGUUUGCAAGAAGUGAAGCAAAACCAAUUGAAUGAUAUUCUUCAAGGUUUAGGGAAGCCAUGGACGUUUUUUGGUGUUGGUAGAGAUGAUGGUAAAUCGAAAGGUGAAUUUGCACCUAUUUUGUAUAAGACGGAUGAGUGGGAUUUGGUUUCGGGAAAAACGUACUGGCUAGGUGAGAAUCCAAAUCAACCUACCAAAGGAUGGGAUGCGGCUUUUCCGAGAAUUGUCACCGUUGUUGUGAUGAAACAUAAGAAAUCUGGGAAAGUGGUCAACUAUUUGAACACUCACUAUGAUCAUAAGGGUAAGAAAGCGAGAGAAAACUCAUCGCUUCAAAUUAUUGAUCUUAUGAGCAAGACCGAAGGAACUAGUUUGCUUAGUGGAGAUUUCAAUAGUCAAGAACACGAAGAAGCGUACCAGACAUUAUCUAAGUCUUUGCUUGAUACAUCUUGUAACUGUCACGAGAGAUGUGGGUUCAAGGAUACUUGUACAGGGUUCGAAAAGGGCGGUUCUGAAUCAAGUAUUGACUUUAUCUGGACUACGAAGGGGGUACCUAUUGUCAAACAUGAAAUUAUUGACCAUGAAUGUAAUGGCUCUUACUGUAGUGACCAUCGUCCUGUCACUGCAAUUUUUGAAGUGUAA